AUGGCACCCAACGGCAAGCGGCACCCAGACCUGCUCUGCUGCAACUUCAACCAAGACUUUUCGUGUAUUGCCGUUGGACACAAGAAGGGAUACACCAUCCUCAACUGCGACCCGUUCGGCAAGGUCCAUUCCAAGAAUGACCAGGGCGCAACGGGUGUCGUCGAGAUGCUGUUCUGCACGUCUCUAGUCGCGCUGGUCGGCGCACCAGACACGCAGCCAAGCAACUCGCCUCGCAAGCUCCAGAUCGUCAACACCAAGCGGCAAUCAACCAUUUGCGAGCUCAUCUUUCCGUCGUCAGUGCUGGCAGUCAAGAUGAACCGAAAGCGAUUGAUCGUGGUGCUCGAGAACGAAAUCUACAUUUACGACAUUAGCACAAUGAAGCUGCUGCACACCAUCGAGACUGGGCCCAACCCCAACGCCGUGUGCGCGCUCUCGUGUUCGAGCGAGCACAGCUACUUGGCAUACCCUUCCCCAGCGCCGAGCCCGAGCAGCACGUCGCUGUCGGGGAGUGCGGUCCCUCCCGCGCCACCGUCGCCCACCACGGGCGACGUGCUCAUCUUUGACACGCUCAACCUGUCCGCCGUCAACGUGAUCCAAGCCCACCGGACGCCGAUUGCCGCCCUGGCGCUCAACUCGUCGGGCACAAUGCUCGCCACUGCGUCGGACAAGGGCACUGUCAUUCGCGUGUUUAGCAUCCCAGAUGCCAAAAAGCUGUGGCAGUUCCGCCGCGGCACGUCGUCCGCGCACAUCUUCAGCAUGAACUUCAACCUCGCGUCCACUCUGCUGGCCGUGUCGUCGGACACGUCCACGAUCCACAUCUACCGCCUGGCCUCGGGCAGUAAAUCCGGCUCGUCGGGUGGUGGUGGUGGUGGCGGUGCAGACGACAGCCCGCCGCCGUCGACGGGCAGCUUUGACUCUGCGGCCGACUCGCCUGCGUCGCCACCCAAGUCGGGCUCGCACCUGACAGCGGCCAACGCCAACCCGGGCUCAAGCGCCGCCUCCUCCCUCCGCCGCCGCUCGUACCAUAUCGGCAAGUCGCUCCUGGGCGGCGCCGGCACGUACCUGCCCAAGGGCGUGACAGAGAUGUGGGAGCCCCAGCGCGACUUUGCCUUCAUCAAGCUCCGCUCCGGCUCGGUGGGCGUGCGCACCGUCGUGGCCAUGAGCCCGACCCUCCCGCAGGUCAUGGUCAUCAGCGCAGACGGCGUGUUCCAGGCGUACAACAUUGACCUCGAGAACGGCGGCGAGUGCGCCCUCAUGAAGGAGUUCAACCUCCUGAACAACGAGGACGUCGCGAGCACGGGCGAGUAA